AUGUUGAUUCAGACGACUUGGGUUGCCCUGCUGUUGGGCUUCUGGUCAUCACUGUAUUUGAUCGAUGCCUUUCUCAAGAGCAAGAAAGCAAGUGCCCGGCCAUAUUUGAGCUUCUUGGAUAAAACCGGAUUAUGUAUAUCCAUCUGCCAGUUCAGAUGGUACACCUGCAUAUUCAACCGCAUCUUCCUGAGGAUUGGCCAGUGGAGACCUCGCUUCAUGAGAAUAUGGUUCACCCUUGGUGUCUUCUUCUCACUGCUUGCAAUGCUGGUAUCCAUAUUUCUGCUGUCUCUCUUGGUUCUCAAUACAAUCAGACAGAGCCCUGUGGAGCAUCAGGUUCUGACACCAGUGAUGCCUGGUGUAAACUUGCCUGCCAGCCAGAUCUCAUACUACAUGCUGACCUUGUUGAUCUGUGGGAUUCUCCAUGAGGUGGGCCAUGCACUGGCUGCUGUUAGGGAACAAGUGAGGAUUAAUGGGUUUGGGCUCUUUCUGCUGCUGGUUUACCCUGGAGCAUUUGUGGACCUGUCUACUGAACAUCUGCAAGCAGUUUCACCUCUACGACAGUUGCGGAUUUACUGUGCUGGUGUUUGGCACAAUUUGGUGGUAGCUGUUGCUGCCGCAGUGGUUUUGAUGCUGUUGCCCACUCUCUUGUUUCCCUUUUAUACACUUGGAACUUCAGUUGUGGUGACUGGCGUGAUGCAGAAUUCUGCAGUCUCUGGUCCUCGAGGGCUAAAAGUGGGAGAGACUGUGACUCGGAUCGGAGACUGUCAUGUGAAAAGUAUAUCUGACUGGUCAAACUGUCUGUCUGCCAGCAUGCAGGAAAAGUGGACAGGUCACUGCUUGCCGUUGGAUCUAAUUAAAGAGUUGGACACAUCCCCAUCAAAUUUACUGACAAACAAAAGCCACCAUCCAUGGGAGGUGAUUGACUGCUGCAACGGCACCAGUGCCACACAUUUGUGCUUCACUUAUCACACAAAGAAGAGUGCCGAAACCAAAUAUGCAUGCCUUCCUGCACGGCAUGCCACAGACCGCCCCAUGUGCCGGCUACAGAGCGACUGUUAUGUUCCCAAAGUUGAAGCCGCCUGCGUGUAUCCAGCGGUAGAUAACGAAACACGUCUGCUGAGAGUUUUUCAUGGACAGAGGCCCCCCUUGCUGUUUCUGGGUCACCCGUUGGAUUUAUAUUAUUCUGUCUCACUAAGUAACUAUGUGCCAAAAGCUGCUUUCAUUCCAGUCAAUCUUCCAUUUGUCAUCGAGACAUUUUGUAAAUACAUCAUCUCAUUGUCUGGAGCUCUGGUAAUCCUGAACGUCGUCCCAUGCUACGCCCUGGAUGGCCAGUAUAUAUGCCAUGCCUUCAUUGAGCUCAUCUUCCGACCAUCCAUACCCGACCCAGAGAUCCGCAGCCUUAUCUACUGGCUUGUGAUUUUCUUUGGGACCAUUUUGCUAAUAGUUAAUGUUAUUUUUGCUAUGUGGACACUUUUCUUGUGA